AUGUCGGGACCCUUAGGCAGAAUUGUUGCGCAAGUGGUGGUCAUGGGUGCUGGCAUCGUGUCAAGGGCCUUCGUGCAGGCGUACCAGCAGGCUGUUCACAAUGCACGCUCGGGAAACGCUGGCACUGUGGCUGCCAAGACGGUGACGGGCAAAAAGAAAAUGUCCAAGCAACAGGCGCUCGAAAUCCUCAACUUUCCCACGAGUGGGGUCGUGCCGUCUACUGAGGAUAUACAGAGGCAGUUCACAAGGUACUUCGAGGCCAACGACCCGGCGAAGGGAGGCUCUUUCUAUCUACAGUCCAAGAUCUAUCGGGCCAAGGAGGCGCUCGAGGCCAACGAUUCGAAUGAAAGAGCGCCGUCGAGUGACAAGGUAAACGAUAAAUAG